AUGCUUGACAAACAAGGACCUAUAAGCAAGUUGCCGUUCCAGGACGCGCCUGCCAGGCAAGAAGGCCUAGGGAGAGCCGAGGUCGUUGCCUUGGCUGCAGCUGUCUAUGGGCAUAGGUCUCCUCAGAGCUCACUGUGUGCAGGGAGCAGCUGGCCUGUUAGAGUGCUCUGAGGCCGGCUGUGCUGGGCUGGGUGCUGCAUGAAUGCUGAGAUGUUGGGGGGGGUAUCGGAGUUUGUUUCCGUUUUAGGAAGGGAGGUGUUGCUUAGGAAUGCCUUGUGUUGUUAAUGCGCUCACACUGCAGUGUUAUUCUUUAUGGAGGUGUGUUCCAGUGAACGCCUGAGCAUGUGCAUGUGAAAGUGCCCAGGGGCUGCGUCUCCCAGGCCGAGGUUUCCAAGUGAAACUUUCUUGGGAACAGUAUAUUUUAAUUGGGUGAAAGAAGAACGCUGAUUAGCCUAAGGGCUGCCUGAAAGCUGACUUUGACAGAAGUUUGCUGGAUGUGUCAGCCUCAUUUGGUUGUCGUGUCUGGUAAGUGCUAGCCCUGUGGGUGCACGGAAGAGUGGUGCUGCUGGCAGCUGUUUACAUGCAGUGCUUCCCAGCACUCCGGCAGCAGGCAGGGUAAUGGCAAAGCACUUGUUGGUCUUCUGAGCUUUCAUUUCCCAUCUUGCAGCAAGGUGCAGCUGGAGCUGGCUGCCAUUGGGAAAUGGGUUUUGAGCUUGUGGUGUCCUGGCUGCAGUGGUGUGAGAGUGUUUGGUGUGUAGGGAGAAAUAAGACAAGCCUGAGUGGUGUGCUCAGGAGAAGAGGGCCAGGAAAUGAAAAUGUCAUCUUUGGAGUAGGCCAGCUGCUUUGACACAGGGACCUUUUCUAAGCUGUGGGUCUGUCAUCUUUCUUACUAGAGUCAAUAGCUGCUUAGGGAAAAACUGUAAAGCUGAAAAUCAGGAAUGUAGCGAUCUCUUCCCAAAGCUGAGUGUCACUGCAGUGUAGAGGAUCAAGGUGGUGAUGGUCAGAAGCAGCAGGACCUUGUUAGCUAAUUUUGCCUUCGAUGCAGCUGUUGGUGCACCAGGAACAUGCAGUGUGAUUACUGUGUGAUGCCUCUGCUGAUGACGAUGGCAGUUCACAGAGAUGCUCGUCUCCAUUCUGUAUGAACUGGAGGGAGAAUGGCUGUUUCUGAGUGUGGAAAGCAAUAGGACAACGGGGGGUGGUUUUAAACUGAGACAGGGGAAGUUUAGGUUGGAUAUGAGGAGGAAGUUUUUCAGCCAGAGGGUGGUGAGGCACUGGAACAGGUUGCCCAAGGAGGCUAUGAUGCCCCAUCUCUGCAGGCAUUCAAGGCCAGGCUGGAUGUGGCUCUGGGCAGCCUGGGCUGCUGGUUGGCAACCUGCACACAGCAGGGGUUGGCACUGAAUGAGCAUUGUGGGCCUUUGCAACCCAGGCCCUGCUAUGAUUCUUUGUUUCCCAAGUGUUUCCUGUGUGGGUAGAUACUAUGUUUCACAGCAGCGCAUAUCUGCCAAAUUCUUUUCAAGGUUAUUAAAUGUAUGUGGAGGCAGCUUUGUGAUCCAGAUAGAAUCAGCGAAAUGCAGCAGCAUGUUUAGAUGUCACAGAGUAUGUGAUAGAUGACCCUCGUGUAGAAAAUGCUUGAAAUUGAGCUCUCAGAGUUGAGGUUCUACAUGUGAGCAGUCAAUUCCUAUGUGUGCAGCACACUGCCAUACAUAUUCAUUCUUUUCCAAGAACUCCUCAAUGUGUGCUCAAGUCCCCCUGGGCACCUGCAGUUGCAUUGUGGCUGGUUAUAUGCCCACUUAGUUUAUCCCCAUUUUUUCCACCGCCAGCCUCAUCACAGAGACUUUUGGUUGAGCUGUAGCUGUUUUUCCCCAGUUUGGCCAAAUUCCAUUGCUUCUUAGGCCACAGUGAGCAACUUCCAACACAACGUGUGUGAAAAUCCAAGGAAAGCAUCCUUGCACGUGGUGAGAUGCAGAGAUCAGUAGUCUGCCAUGACUGCAGUGCUGCUUGUGAAGUGGAAUUAAGAGAAAACAAGGCUGAUCACACACCAAGCAAAGCAGAAAUGGAAGGUUUUAGGACUAGCGCUCACUGCUUCCUUCUGCUAAACUAAUAUAUUGCUCCUCAGACUAACUUACUGAUCUCUGUUGCUAAACAAACCAGCCUGUAUCACCACUCAGCAGCCAUCUCUUCCUGCCUAGCAUGUGUUCUGUGGCACAGAGGGACUUUGGAGGAAAGCAGAGCUUGCUCCUCAGGAGAUGAGGAUGUUGGCAAUAGGCAGGAGCUGCACGUGUGUCUUGUGUAGGGGAUGGACGUCCUCUGUGCGCCUUCCAGGGGGGUGUAUAGGAUCCUUUUUACUUCUGUGGCUAUCAGAAUUUGUAGCUUUGAACACGCAUACGAGUCUGUAUGCCGUGAAGGUGUGAGCUGGCCCAGGCUGUAACGGCCAAGCAGCACUGGGCCUGGCUGCAGUGCCUGCAGACCUCACCUGUCCUCUGGUAUGCUGCCACUGCUGCACAGCAGGUCUGCUGUUGUGUCUGUUCAUUUCUUGUUUCUGAGCGCUCUCACCUUGUCUCUUGGCUGGUCUUUGGAGUGUACUGCUCUCAAUCAGGGGGCACUUCUCAGAAUUGAGGAGUUGGAACUGAGAUUUGACACAAGUGAGGCCCAUUUGGAGCUGCUUUGGACACCUCUGCAAGGGAAAUGGAGUUAAUGGGAAUGAAAAAUGAUGGGAAUGAAAAAGAAGAGUUUGCUAGGACUCAAAGAAAAUAAUAAAAAAUCCAGCACUAGGGCUCCCUCACCAACCAAACGCAAGGAUAGGUCUGAAGAGAAAUCAAAGGACCGAUCCAAGGACAAAGCAGCCACUAAGGAAUCUGGUGAAAAGGAUCGCGGUCGGGACAAGACGCGCAAAAGGCGCAGUGCUUCCAGUGGGAGUAGCAGCACCAGGUCCCGCUCCAGCUCCACUUCCAGCUCAGGAUCCAGUUCCAGCACUGGUUCCAGCAGUGGCUCCAGCUCCUCUUCGGCCUCAAGCCGCUCUGGGAGCUCCAGCACCUCACGCAGCUCCAGUUCCAGCAGCUCCUCUGGAUCCCCCAGCCCGUCCCGACGGAGGCAUGACAACAGGAGGCGGUCCCGCUCCAAAUCCAAGCCACCCAAGAGAGAUGAAAAGGAGCGGAAGCGGCGCAGCCCAUCGCCCAGACCUACAAAAGUGCACGUUGGGAGGCUCACUAGAAAUGUCACCAAGGAUCACAUCAUGGAAAUUUUUUCCACUUAUGGAAAGAUUAAAAUGAUUGACAUGCCAGUUGACAGGCUAAAUCCACACCUCUCUAAAGGCUACGCUUACGUGGAGUUUGAGAACCCAGAUGAUGCUGAGAAAGCCCUGAAACACAUGGAUGGAGGGCAGAUCGAUGGGCAGGAGAUCACUGCCACGGCCGUGCUGGCACCACGACCCAGGCCGCCUCCUCGGCGCUUCAGCCCACCCAGGAGGAUGCUGCCACCACCACCCAUGUGGCGUAGGUCACCCCCUCGGAUGAGGAGAAGGUCCCGCUCUCCGAGGCGCAGAUCUCCUGUCCGCCGGCGCUCGCGGUCGAGGUCUCCCGGACGAAGGCGCCAUCGCAGCCGCUCCAGCUCCAACUCUUCACGAUAAAGCAAAAAGAAUGGACAGCUUUUUAUUUUUUAACUUAAAUUCCAUGAAAAUAAAUAUUGUACCUUUUUUUAUAAUGGGUCUAGGUGAGGAAGGGAGAGAGGGGGGAGAGAGGAUCCUGGCAGUGAGGGUAAUCCAAGAGGAGGCAGCAGCAGUUCCUGGCCGUUAGUCAGCCUCUGCUGUGGGGCUCCUGGUUUCCUGGCAUUUAAUUGACAUUAUUGAAAAAUGGCUGUGAUGAUUUUUUUUUUAUUUUUUUAUUUUUUUUUUUAAGGCUAUAAAACCAACAUCUGUCCUGGAUCGAUGUUAUGGCUUUCUCCAGUUAGCAGACUGCUGCUUAAUGAUUUCUAAGUGCUUAGCAUGCUGUACAGAUGAGCAUGUAAAUCUUGAGCUGUUUUGGAAAUGCUGCAUAAUAGGGCAGGGAGGCAGUGAACCCAAUUGCUGGGAUUGUCAGAGCGGCUGGAGUCCAGAUUACAAAAUCUGUCUGAGACUUAAUGAGCUGUUUGCUUUAUUCCCAUUCCCAAACUAUGAUUAGUUUCUGCAUAUUGACCUUCUGUAAUGCAUAUACCACUUGAAUGCUGCAGAGACAGCAGCCUGGCCUGCUGAAUACUGUACUUUAGAAAAGAAGCUGGAAAUGUUAAUAAUGGGUUUGUAGCUGCUGCCCUGGUUGAUUCCUUCCACAUUUUCUUAAAGAUUUUGGUAAGUUUCCUAUUCAGUUCCUUAAGGAAAUGAUGCAAGUGCUUCUGCUUUUACAAAUCUCCAGUUAGCAACCAAUUGUCAACCCCUGCAAGGAAACUGCGAGGCAGAGCGAGGCUGGGGGCUGUGCUGCUGCCUGGGGAAAGGCAAAGAACCACCUGUUGUACAGUCAAUACUAUAAAGUUUUGUUGUUUUUUUCAUUAUUUUUGUGUCGUUUUGUAUCACUUUGUAGCCUUUGGGGCCACGUUGUGUUUGUACUUGUAUAGGACGAGCGACUGGUAAUAAAGCAGUAGAGGUGAGAA